GACAAUGCAGAUCUAAUAUUUGACGACCUCUCGGGAAGGACUUACAACAAUAAUUCAGAUACCAAAUCAAUAGGUGUUCCGUUAGCCGAAAUAAAUAGUAACAAAUUAGACAGUGUUCCUAGUUUAGAUAGUAUAAGUGACGAAUCUAGCCAAUCAAUUUUUUCUACCGUUGCCCAUCAUAUAAACCGAGUCAAAAGGGGCUUUUGGGAUAUUUUUUCUCCCCCAGAUGUAGAAAAGUCGAAAGAGAGUGAGGCAUCGACGACGGUGGAGGUGACAUCCGCAAACCCUACGAGCCUUUCAACAGCUAGUCUAAGUUCCGAAACCCCCGCUACCCUCUUCAACUCAACUGUCGAUAGUUCUCUCCUCCUUUCCUUAGGCGAAGUGUCCCCGUUACCGAGUACGAGAGUUGCGAGGUAUACCCCGACAGACCAAAGCGAAGACACUGGAUUCCCGUUUUCGGAUUCACCAGAUCCAAAUUCGAACUCGGACGACGAAGAUUUCUCGAAAGGAGGUUCCGGGGAGGAGUUCGCUGCCUCAGGCGAGAUCUCUACCAACACGCCGGAGGUCACAGAGUGGAGCACCAACACCCAAGAUAUUUUGACUGGAGCACCCCGUGAGUAUAGUUCAAUCAUCCAUUGAAACACGUCAAAAUUA